AUGUGGGCAAUACGACAGGACAAGAGUGAGGUGAGAAUGAGAGUGAGGAGUGAGCGACCAACGGACAACUCACGAGCAGAGACCAUGCCCGUCCGCUUCGCCAUUGCCGAAGCUCUUCCAGGGAAGCCCCUCGUACGCUCCCGUGAAAAUCUUCAGGAGAAAACCGCUCAGCUUCCGCCUCGGCGGCCGGGAUUUUCCCAGCAAACGCUUCGACGUACCGACGACUCGGAGCUCUGGGACGGCGCCCGAUGGCCUAUCAACGAUACAGGUGCACAAAGAGACCGCCGGUCCGGUCAGUUGCCAGUUGGAAACUCCCGGAAUGCCAUCCCAUCUUUUUUGGCACCGAACCUAAUACUUGGAGACCGCUAUGCAGUACAAGAUUUCGUCGGGUCACCCGGUGGAUAA